CCCCAUUUAUAAAACGUGAAGAAAUUGAUCACACCCCCCAUUCCCACAUCUACUCUCCCUUCUCUCCUCACUUUCCGUCCACCUAGCUAUCUCUCCGGCCACCGACGAGGGUCUCGAGUUUAAAUCCUCCCGUCGUCAACUGCUAGCUAGCCUAUGCUAGAACACAAGAUGGAACCUCUGACUUUGUUCAUCGGAAUCAUAGGGAAUGUCAUCUCAGUGCUCAUGUUCCUCUCCCCAGCGGGGACGUUUUGGAGAAUAGUGAAGAACCGUUCCACAGAAGAUUUCGAGAGCCUGCCUUACAUCUGCACGCUGCUGAAUGCUUCCUUGUGGACGUAUUACGGCAUCAUCAAGCCCGGAGCUUACCUGGUCGCCACCGUCAAUGGCUUCGGCAUCGUCGUCGAGAUCGCCUACGUGGCACUCUUCCUCGCUUACGCGCCCCGCAAAAUGAAGGUGAAGACCGGAUCCCUGGUGGGGGUUCUGAACGUAGGGUUUCUAGCAGCAGCAAUGGUGGUUACGUGGCUUGCGUUGGAAGGAGAAGGCAGAAUCGAUGCCAUUGGGUUCAUUAGCUCCGUCUUGAACAUCGUCAUGUACGGCUCACCUUUGGCUGCCAUGAAAACAGUGGUGACAAGCAAAAGUGUGGAGUACAUGCCCUUCUUGCUCUCCUUCUUCCUCUUCUUGAAUGGUGGGAUUUGGACAUUCUAUGCCUUCCUCACCAAAGAUCUCUUCCUUGGGGUCCCCAAUGGAACAGGGUUCUUGCUUGGAGCUGCACAACUCAUCAUUUUCGCCAUCUUCAGAAACGCCAAGCCAUCCACCACUACUGCUCUUAGGAAAACUAGUACUAGCUAUGGAACCCUAGAAGAGGGAGUGCGAAAUUCGACAAUUCGUUGAUUAGUCAGUUAUUAUGAAUGAAUGGACGUGUGUGACCGUGUGUAUUUUUUAAGAAUGAAAUAUACAAGGGUUCAACAAUUUUU